GUGACCCGGAAGUGUUCUAUAACUUGCUUUCCGGUGCUGAAGUGAAGUAAAAACGCGUUUUAUUUUCCUAGUUUUUUACUCGGAAUAAGAACAAUGAACCGAAAAGAUGAUUAUGAUUCAUAUGAGAUUGAAGAGCCGAGUGAUGAGGAAGGAGCCGGAAGCAGUUCUGAGGAUGAGCUGGAUAUUCUUCUGAACGGGACCCCGGAGCAGAAGAAGAAGCUGAUCAGAGAGUAUCUGACGGGGGAGAGCGAGUCCUCCAGCGGAGAUGAGUUUGAGAAGGAGAUGGAGGCAGAGCUCAGCAGCACCAUGAAGGGCCUGGAGUGCAGCUGGACGGCAUCUUCAGCUCAAGGUCAAACGUCUGGGACCAGUGACGGCACUUCCACAGCAAACAAGCUACAGACUCCGGAGUAUGACAGCAUUUACUUUGACUCCGAUGAAGAUGAAGAUGGCACAGCUGAAAAUGAACUUCCUAUCAAAUAUGGCGGCGGCGUCUUUGUGAAGUAUGCCGAUAUUAAAGCAUUACCUGAAGACGACUGUGGGAAUGUGUGA